AUGACGGAAAAGUGGCAUUGGAUGUGGCUGCCACAGCGCACCCACCCUUCCUGUGGUGCCCCUAGCGCCCACAUCAUCUUCAUCUCCAUUCUAAGUCAGGGCAAAACCACUACCCGGCCUGGACUGCACCAGCUGCAAGGCCUUCUUAAAAUCGAAAAUUUGGCCCCGCAGAAAAUUUUAAGCCAAGUGGCUGUCAUUCAUCAAACACCUCUUUUCUCUCCUAAUUACCCUGCUGGAGCUCCAAGAGGACACAAAAGGGACAGACCCCGAGUUAGCGCAAGGCCAGACUCAAGCUCGCGGAAUCACGAAGACUUACAGAAACGGACGAGUCGAGUACGCAAAUUUACGAAUACAAAAAUUAAUCUUAAAAUCUAA